AUGUCCUCUAACGACGUCCCACGUGAACCGGAGCAGCUCCGCAAGCUGUUCAUCGGGGGGUUGAGUUUCGAGACCACAGACGAAAGCUUGAGGGCUCAUUUUGAGCAAUGGGGAACGCUAACUGAUUGUGUGGUCAUGCGGGAUUCAAAUUCCAAAAGAUCCAGAGGCUUUGGCUUUGUGACCUACUCAUCCGUGCAGGAGGUCGAUGAUGCCAUGAUUGCUCGCCCCCACAAGGUGGAUGGCAGGAUAGUUGAACCAAAACGUGCAGUUUCUAGAGAGGACUCUAACCGGCCAGGUGCCCACAUUACAGUGAAAAAAAUCUUUGUUGGGGGGAUCAAGGAGGAUACAGAGGAGCAUCAUUUGAGAGACUACUUUUCCCAGUUUGGCAAAAUUGAAGUAAUUGAUAUUAUGACUGACCGUUCUACUGGAAAGAAAAGGGGAUUUGCGUUUGUGACAUUUGAUGACCAUGAUGCUGUGGACCGGAUUGUCAUUCAAAAGUACCACACAAUUAACUCUCACAACUGUGAAGUUAGAAAGGCAUUAACAAAACAGGAAAUGCAGAAUGUUGGCAUGGGAAUGAGGACUGGUGGUCGUAACGGCAGCGGUGGUGGAGGAAGGCCGUAUGAUUAUGACCGUGGGUUCAGCCAGGGUGGAAGAGAUGGAAGAUACAACGAUGGUCCAUACAAUUGCAACGAUAAUUACGGGGGUGGACCUGGUGGAUACAAUAAUGGGGGAAACCGUGGUUAUAACCAGGGUUACAAUCAAGGAGGAGGAGGAGGAGGUGGCGGUGGCGGCUAUGGGAAUGGUUAUGACAACAAUGGUUAUGGAAACUGUGGAGGAGGAAACGGUGGUGGUGGUGGUGGUGGCGGCGGAAGCAGCAGCAGCAGUGGUGGCAGCAACAACUACAACAACAUGGGUCACUAUGAUUCCCAGCCCUCAAACUUUGGCCCAAUGAAGAACAACUUUGGUGGUGGAGGUGGGAGGUGUUUUGGUAUGCAUCAUUGGUCUUAG